AUGGAAGGAUGUUCUUUCUUUCUUCUUCCUUUCGUUCUUCUUUCUUUCCUUCUUUCUUUCUACAUAUUUCUUUCUUUCAUGUGUUUUCUAUUGUCGUCGACGAUUUUUAUCUCAUUUUUCUUUUUUUCAUUCGUUAUUUCUUUGAUUCUUUCUUUCUUUCGUUCUUUCUUUCUACAUAUUUUUUCAUUCAUCUGCUUUCUAUUGUGGUUUACGUUUUAUUCGGAUGUCAUUUUUCUUUCUUUCAAUCAUUAUUUAUUUCAUUCUUUCGUUCUUUCUUUCUACAUAUUCCUCCCUUUCAUCUGUUUUCUAUUUUCGUCGUCGUUCUUUCUGGAUCGCAUUUUUCUUUCUUUCAUUCAUUCUUUCAUAUUCCGCCCUUUCAUUUGUUUUCUAUUUGCGUCGACCUUCUUUUUUGGAUCCCUUUUUUCUUCCUUUUAUUUUUACUUUUUUCAUUUUUUCAUUCUUUUCUUCGUUCUUCUUACACAUUCGUUCCUUUCAUCUGUUUUCUAUUUUUGUCGACGUUCUUUUUGGGGCAUCAUUUUUUCUUUCUUUCAUUCAUUUUUUCUUUCGUUCUUUCUUUCGACAUAUUCGUUCCUUUCAUCUGUUUUUGUUUUUCUUCGACGAUCUUUUUUUUCUAUCACAUGUUUCUUUAUUUCCUCUUUCAUUCGUCCAUUCUUUCAUUCUACAUAUUUUUUCUUUGAACUUUUUUCUUUUUCCCUCGACGUUCUUUUUUAUCUCAUUUUCUUUCUUCCCUUCUUUCUUUCUAAAUAUUUUCUUUUUUUUUCUACUAUUUCACCUUUUACUUCAACGCUCAUUCUUUUUAUCUUUUUUAUUUUAUUUUUCUUCUUUCGUUCGCCUUUUCGUUCUUUCUACAUAACGUUCUUUUCAUCUAUUUUUCUUUUUUCUUCGAUCUCGUUUCUUUUUUUCAUAUUUUCUUUCUUUCCUUUCCUCUUCUACUUUCUUUAUCUCGAUUGUUUUCUUUUGUUUGCCAUCUUUGUUCUUUUUCUUCUACUUUUACAUUUUUUCAUCUUUAUUUAUCUUUUCUCUUUUUUACUCUUUUCCUUCAUUUUCUACAUAUCUUCUCUCUACUUCUCCUUAGAUGUUCAUUUCUUUUUCUUCAAGUUCUCUCUUUGUUUUAUUUCUUUCAUCUGUCAUUCCUUCCUUCCUUCCUUUCUUUAA